CAAACCGCCAUUGUUUGCCAACUUCACAUACGACAAAAGUUCCUCCCCUGGGAAAAAUCUGUUAGUCCAACUCCCAAUUUUAUGACUAUUUUGGCAAAUGCCGAUGCGCUUAUCGCUUAUUCUGUUUAGAGCUAUCUAGAACUAAGUUUAGAGAUUAUGGCUGUGAGUCUUUCCCCUGCGCUAUAUGCAAUCUCAGUUUCAUCCAUAAAUUGCAAAAUCUCUACUCCUCUCGGCUCCCAUAACACUUUGCGUUAUAAUCCCCUCUCUUCCCAUCAAUUAAAAGCGACUGGAAAGUUGUUUCGAGUCCAAGCAACAGUUCUGCGAGAAAAUGAGGAGAAAGUGGUAGUAGAGGAAACAUUUCAACCCAAAACUUUUACUGAUGAGAAGAAAGGAGGAGCUGGGAAGCCACCGGAUGAUUCAUCAUCCAGUACGUUGGAGAGAUGGGUUAUCAAGCUUGAACGAUCUACCAAUGUUUUUCUCACGGAUUCAGUGAUAAAGAUUCUCGACGCUUUGUACCGUGACCGAGCUUACGCAAGGUUCUUUGUGCUGGAAACUAUUGCUAGAGUGCCAUAUUUUGCUUUUAUAUCUGUUCUACACAUGUAUGAGAGUUUCGGUUGGUGGAGAAGAGCAGAUUAUCUCAAAGUGCAUUUUGCUGAGAGCUGGAAUGAAAUGCACCAUUUGCUUAUCAUGGAAGAAUUGGGGGGUAAUGCUUGGUGGUUUGAUCAGUUUCUUGCUCAACAUAUAGCAAUCAUCUAUUAUAUUAUGACAGUCUUUAUGUAUGCAUUAAGUCCAAGAAUGGCUUAUCACUUUUCUGAAUGUGUAGAAAGCCAUGCAUAUGAAACCUAUGACAAAUUUAUCAAGGAACAAGGAGAGGAGUUGAAAAAAUUGCCUCCUCCUAAAGUUGCUGUAAAAUACUACACUGAGGGUGACUUGUACUUGUUUGAUGAGUUUCAAACUUCCAGAGCUCCCCAGUCCCGAAGGCCAAAAAUAAAUAAUUUGUACGAUGUGUUCUUGAACAUCAGAGAUGAUGAAGCAGAACACUGUAAGACCAUGAAGGCGUGUCAGACUCAUGGAAACCUGCGGUCGCCUCAUUCAUAUGAAGAAGAUGCUGUUGAUGUAUCAGGUUGCAUUCUCCCUCAGGCAGAUUGUGAAGGGAUUGUUGAUUGUAUAAAGAAAUCUCUUAAAUCUCCUCCAUCGAAGCAAGAGAUUGGAGGUAAAAGCAAGGAACUUAGCUGAGUUCAUGAAUACACUAAUAAAUUGUAUACACAAAAACAGAAUGGAUCCUAUUCCUUAUAUAUUAUACUUUUACUGAAGGCUUUCAUAAAUUCUUGC